CGAAUCAAAAGCACAUUACGACGUAAGCUGUGGCUGCGAGUGGUUUCCGUGCCAACAGGCGUUGCGAGUAUUUGGAAUUUCCAGCUAUCUGUGUGCUGUUUGGCGUGUCUUAUUUAUCCUUCCGUUCGAUCCUGUUGAAUUGCUCACGGCAUUAGCGCGUGUGUGUACCGGUUUGAAUCGAACACCUGGAAGGUCCCCCAGUUGGAAUGGUGUAUCAUGUCCACCAUCGAGGAGCGAACGGCGUAUCUGGAUAACCCAUUGUUCAAAGGACACAUCUACGGCAACUUCAACCCGUUCUACGUUACAAUCGCCAUCUGCACCGUCUUCGGCGUUCUACUUAUCUUGCUGAACAUCAUUUGCUGCUGCUGCUCGAAGUACAAAACGUACUGGCAGGACCGGAACACAGGCAAUCUGUGGUUAGUGUCACUUUGGUCGUCCACGCCCCACAAACAACCGCCACUUGACUUAACGGAGCUGAAGGACGCCAGUCACUUCCAACCAGUCAACCCCGACGUCGAACGCCCAGUGGAGUACACCGUUUCGCAUCAUCGACCCCAGUACCACCAACAGCAGCAUCCGCGUGGAUCCACGCCCCAGGGUUUCCAUCGCGAAGAGUACGUGGAACUGCAGCAGAAGCGCGAGAGCGACAUCUAA